AUGGCCAGCACAAACGUCCACAACUACGGCAGACGAAACUCGUCAGUGUAUCACUACCUGAUUCCCCAAAAGUCUGCCGCAAAGUUCCCACAUCAGCACCACCACCACCAUCAUCAACUCCAACACCAACACCAACACCAUCUACCACACCAGCCAAGCAAGCUCUCUUCCUCGGUACCAACAUUCUCUCGAGGAUUUGUAUCCAGACGCACGUCUGAGGGUGAGACUGGCAGACUCAAGGAGCUGUUGAAUUGUGAAGCUUGUGGAAAAGGAUACAAGCACAUUUCAUCUCUUGCGAAGCAUCUCUGGGAACAUACUCCGGAAUGGAACAUGACCAAGAAACUACUUCUAUCAAAGCACCAGCAGGUUCAGCUCUUAGAAGCUGCCUCAAUUUUGGUCGGAAUGAAUGAUCCGGAGGAGACUGACCAAUUUACGUCCAGUCCAACCCCCGAGUCACUCCAGUUUUCUACAUCGUACGAUGCAAACAGAAGUUAUAUCGAUACCCAUGAAACAUCUCCGUACCACAGGUCGCAUCUGAUCUCUGAGUAUCCACCAUCGCUGAUUCCUUCCACAUACUCGCCAAUGCCAGGCUAUGUCGGAGGGUACUUGGAUGUUCCGAAGAGAAGGAUUUUCAGGGAGGAGGAUGAGAGUGUUCUAGAAGAGAGUCCUGAACCAGAUGGCAAUGAAGAGGAAGACGACGACGAGAUCUUGGGGAAAAUGGAGUAA